ACACUGACCUUCCUUGAGGCCGUUCUCCUCUUUAUUAUUUACCAGAUUAGCUUCCAAACAGUCUUCUGGUUUUGAAAUAAAUUCAGAAAAAUUGUAAUGAGGACCUUAAGACGUCGUAUGCUGUCACAAACCCCCGCAAUGAGUGUUUCCCAGCAGAGGCUACGCGACCUUACCUGUGUCUUUUUCUGCUUGUUAACACUUCAUUGUAAUUGCUUUUCAUGAGCACGUUAUCACGAGUGAAAAAAAAGGUUAAAGGAGGCCAAAGUCAGAGAAACGGCACUCGUUGCGUUCACGCUCACAAACAGCAUAAUUUACAUGUUGGUUUCCCUGACAGCGCUGAGCUUAACUGAGUUCAUGAUCCCGUAUCCGCUCCGCGGAGAAGGACUGGAACCAUUGGUUCUGCAUGUUAACAGGAAACAUGGGCUUGAAGAUCAUCGUUACUAAAUUUAGACUGUUUGUUGAACUCCAGCCUCCACUUUUUUAUUGUCCAUCACUGAUUGGUGACAUGUCAGAACUGAUUGGUUGCUCAGACAAAUCUGAAGUUUGUGUUUGUCCGUUUGAGAAGAUGUAAAGUGUUGCCUAAUAACACCACAAUUUAGCUUUUACGAAGCGCGCAGACUUGAAUGCUGUGUUGCUCAUUAAAGGACUCCUUCACACUUUAACCCGCUGCCCUCUGAUGCUCAGUUUUCCUUUUUAAUUGUUCACUUGUUGAUCAGCGUCACUUAAUUGCUGAGCUACGACCCAAAGCAUGAAACACUGAACAGAAUAAUAAACUAAAAAUUUGUUUAUUUAAAAUUGUAAAUCAUGUUUCAGAAGUUCAGAUUACGUCACUGGAAUUUACACACACUCUCAAUGCUACCACCCUUGAAAAACAAAAGUCAAAUAAAACCUCACUAAUAUACGUUACUGUGGCAUAUGUAUAAAAUCUCCGACCUGUGGAUGAGCAUCAUUAAAUGUACCGUAAUUAUUGCUUGUGCUCCUUUCAGUACGUUUAAUUAGUUGUUCACAAACUCAGAUUAAUUGUUUUUAACUCCCGCCUUCAGAUGAAAUUAUUCCCAGACGUUCUUCUAAAUAAUUGCGGCGCAGUCGUGAAUACAGAACCGGCAUCUUCUGCUGUCAUGGCUGUUUUUUCCUGUACAUUUGUUAGAUGGCACGAAUGUGAUGCACAGUCACACCUGCCGCGACCCUUCCGCGCCCGCGACGCACGCACGCGCGCACCCACGCACGCACUCCGCCGUCCUUCGGGAGCGCGUGCUCCCGGAGCGCAUGCUGACGUCAGGUACGAAUGUCCGCUUAUGUCCAUGUGCUUAUAAGUGGACGGUGGAGCGGCGCGUCAGUCACAGGCUGCGUCCAUCAGGCGGAGCGGAAUCCAAAGCAGCAGCGAUGCCUCAGUCCUGGUCCCCGCUGUGCGUCCUGGGACUUAUCGCCCUCGGCUCCGCCUGCUACAUCCAGAACUGCCCCCGAGGCGGCAAACGAGCGCUGCCGGAGUCCGGGAUCAGACAGUGCAUGUCUUGCGGCCCCGGGGACAGGGGCCGCUGCUUCGGCCCCGGCAUCUGCUGCGGCGACGGCCUCGGCUGCCUGCUGGGCUCCGCGGAGACGGCCCGCUGUGCGGAGGAGAACCACCUCCUCACGCCCUGCCAGGCGGGGGGGCGGCCCUGCGGGGCCGAGGGGGGCCGCUGCGCCGCCGCGGGGCUCUGCUGCGACUCAGACGGCUGCGCGGCGGACGCCGACUGCCUUGCGGACGCGGAGGCCCCCGACGUGGCGCGCGGCCCCGCGGGCGGCGCCCCCGCGGAGCUGCUGCUGCGUCUGCUGCACGUGGCGACCAGAGGACGACCUGAAUAUUGAUCCCGCGCGCGUGGAGGCUCCUCGGGGGCCAACGAGGCGCCGAGGUCCGAACUCUGAACCAAAACGAAAUGCCGAGCCAGACCCCUGCUAAUUCUAUGAAGGAUCCAAAUGUACAUAUUAAUGCACAUAUUGUAAACAAACCUGCAUCUAUGUAAGAGCUCAGUCAUAGAAGAAAUCCAUGUAAAUAAGUUGGAGAGUGACGAUUGGAGCGAACUACUGAACAACAGUUGCUUCUUGUGUAGUAGAAAAACUCAACAUUGAAAACAAAUGAAAUAAUACAGAUCAAAUUAAAACUGUCGUCUGUUCUUGUUUUUCCCAGGCUCAAAAUAAUUAAAUCCAUCGAAACGUG